AUGAGUGAACGACACAGAUUUUCCAGUUAAUAAAAACUUCCAAUCUUAGAUUUGACAUAAACAAAUAGAUUUCCGACGGAAGGACUUAAAGUUAAUAUUACAGUCUAAUCAGGUGAUGCAUAAUUCGUUAGUUUCAGAUCUUUAAACGAACUCAAUCCUAAGUUUGGCUUUCCUAUAAACUCCAUGGAUUCAUCAUAACAAUUAAAUUAAACAAUCUAGAACGACCUAACCUAGAAUAAGAAAAUGCUUUUGAUGUUAGGAAAAACUCUUUACAAAUAAAAAAAUGAAUACUAAGAAUAUCAGGAAAACAUGAUUAAAAAAAUAAGAACCGUCACCAGAAUGUAAAAGUAAGUUAAAAAAGUUCCACAUCGAAUCGAGUCUUUUAAAAAUACUUAUGAUAAUUCUCCAAAUGCUAUCCCAUAAUUUGCAAAAAAGAAAGUGUCAUUCCCAAUGUAUUUUAAUGGAGCAUUUUUUACAAAACUUUAGCAUGUUUGGGUACCUACAAUUAGAGAAAACACUAUGGCAGCAGAUUUCUAAAAAAAAAUAUACAUGUUUGGUGGAAUAGGAAGUGAAGUUAUGGGUGAUUUAAUUGAAUAUGAAAUACAAACAGGUAAAUUUCGAGAGAUUAAACAAAAUGGUGAUAUUCCUCUCAAUCGUUAUGGUCAUUGUUUACAUAGUAUUGGUUACCCAAUGACUUUGUCGACUCAAUUUUCUUAUGACAAUUAACAGUAUAGUUAGAUCAAUGGGAAACAACUCAUAAUGUAUGGAGGGGAAAUGUAGUAUAAUUCUGCUUUGAAACUAAGAGAAAAUCUGAGUGACACUAGAAUUUUUGAUUUGGAAACAGAAACAUGGUAAAUACUAAAACCAAACAUUGAGAAUAUUCCUGAAAGUAGAAGAUCCUUUGGUAGUUGUAUAGUAGGGAAGGGAUUGAUUGUUAUGGGUGGUAUUCGAAGCAGAUUCUCAGUUUUCAAUGACAUUCAUUAUCUGAAUUUAAAUCUUUGUAAAUGGAAUCCAUUAGAUACAUUUAAGAAUCCAUUUAAUAAAGGAUUGGCAUUCCAGUAAUUAGUUUGUGCUUAUAAUAAGCCAUAACUGAUCUUUGAAAAAAAGGAUACAAGAAGCAAACCCUACAAACCACUUGAACAUGAGGGAAUCUAUUGUUUUGGAGGGUGCUAUAUAGAUGAAAUGAAAAAUACGUAAUUCUACAGCAAUUUUAUGGCACUCUUAAAAUUAGAUUAACCCAAUAAUCCCUGGGUAAUUCCUGAAACUUCUGGAAAACAGCCUGCUCCCAGAAUUCAACAUACAGCCUCCUAUGUAUAAGAGAUGAAUAUCAUAAUCAUCUUUGGUGGUCGAGAUGACUCUAGGAGCAACCCUUAUUUUAAUGACUUAUUCGCAUAUAAGAUUUAAGAAAAGGAAUGGGUUCAAUUAGACAUUUAUGGCAAUCUUCCAAGGCCAAGAGCAUCUCAUUCUGCUGUGGCUUACAAAAGUCAAGUGUUAUAUUUUGGGGGAGUGAGUAUGAAUGGAUACCUGGAAUUUUCAGUUAAUGUGGCAGAAUUUAAUUAAAAUCAGAUCAGACAAUUACAAGCAGAAAUGAAAGCCUAUGAACAAACAACAGAAAUUCAAAGUCCAAAAGAAGAAAGACAAUCGAUUUUAACUAAACAGUAUUUCUCAUUGCAUUAAGCUGCCCCCAUCUAAAAACCUAAAUAAUUGACAAAGGCUGAGGAAAUGAAUUAACAGAUCUAACAACUGUCCUUUUCAAAUUUUCCUCUACAUCUUAAAUGA